GUGCCCGAGAUUAAGGCAUUGCGUUGGGGAUUAAAACUCGCAACACACGAACAGAAACUUGCGGGAAACAAACCGGGACUGUAAAAAUCGGAGCGACAAAAAAAAGCAAAACAAAAAAGCGGCUAUCUGCAGCGCCUGGCCAGCAGACUCAGACGGCAGUUUUCGGCAAUGUUCCGGUUCAUGCGCAAGCACAUCCACAACCACCUGGCGGAGCGCAGGAUCCGGAGGAGCCGCCUGGUGGCCAAGGACGGGCGCUGCAACAUCGAGUUCGGCAACGUGGAGUACCACAGCCACUUCGCCUUCCUGAAGGACUUCUGGACCACCUUCGUGGAGAUCCGCUGGCGCUUCAUGAUCUUCCUCUUCAUCGCCUCCUUCACGGGCAGCUGGUUCUUCUUCGGCCUGCUCUGGUACUGGAUCGCCAAGACCAACGGGGACCUGGCCGGCCAGAGCUACGCCAAGGGCCACGUCCCGUGCGUCAGCAACGUCAACGGGCUCACCACCGCCUUCCUCUACUCGCUGGAGACCCAGACCACCAUCGGCUACGGCGGGCGGGCGGUGACGGGCGACUGCGCCGUGGCGGUGGCCCUCAUCGUCAUCCAGUCGCUUAUCGGCGCCAUCAUCAACUGCUUCAUGUGCGGCGUCAUCCUGGCCAAGAUCUCGCUGCCCAAGAAGCGGGCCAAGACGGUGACCUUCAGCGAGACGGCGGUGAUCUGCCCGCAGAAGGGCGAGCUCUGCCUGCAGAUCCGCGUGGCCAACAUGCGCAAGACGCUGCUGAUCGGCAGCCAGAUCUACGGCAAGCUGCUGCGGACCACCGUCACCCCCGAGGGCGAGACGGUCAUCAUGGACCAGGUGGGCAUCGACUUCGUGGUGGACGCCGGCAAGGACAACCUGUUCUUCGUCUGCCCGCUCACGCUCUGCCACGUCAUCGACAAGUCCAGCCCCUUCUUCGGCAUGGCCGCCGACACGCUCCACCUGCAGGACUUCGAGCUGGUGGUCUUCCUGGACGGCACGGCCGAGUCCACCAGCUCCUCCUGCCAGGUGCGCACCUCCUUCAUCCCGCAGGAGGUGCAGUGGGGCUACAGCUUCCUGCCCAUCAUCUCGCGCGCCAAGGGCGGCAAGUACCGCGUGGACUUCUCCAACUUCUCCCGGGCCGUGCCCGUGCCCACGCCGCACUGCGCCCUCUGCUUCCACGACGAGGGGUACCACCGCCCGCCAAUCCAACCCCACGCCCAGGGCCAGGCCCACCCGGAGAAGAAGGGCAUCGACAACGAAGGCUUCGAGGUGAUCGACAUCGACGACUCAGCAGACAACACGGUCAUGUGAGGCCGCGGGGAGGUUUUUUGGGGGACAUGAGAUUGAGUUUAAGAAGAGGGGAAGGCUGGUGAGGAGCUCAUGUGCUUGUGCUGGUCAUCCAGGGGAACUUUGGGCACCCAGGGAACAUUUUAGAGGUGAAAAGUUGGAGAAAAACCAUCUAGGCGUUUCCGGUGAAAUCCCGGCUACGUUUGGUUGAAAAGUGAAAGUUUUCUAGCCGACUAUGACGUUGCCAGGCUAUAUCCAGGUUAAACCUGCGCUCUAUUGGGGUUAACCUGGCCGUUUUAUGUCGAAACUUCUCUCAACCUAGAUUUUCACCUCUCUAGAUGGCUUUUGCUGGGACAAGACAUCAGCCACUGAGCAGCACCGCUGAGACUCAUCUGCCCGCUCCCUGGUCAGAGCUGCCCAGUUGUUGAAUAUGAGCAGAGCUGGUAAUGCCCGGCUCCAUUUAUGCAAUUUUAGGAAACCUAUGUGCGCCGCCUAGCUUAAACGAGGUCCGCAUAUGAUGUCAUUGCCCCUCCAGAAGAGGUGUAAUGAACUAGCUGCUCGUCCCUGGACAUCAAAUAAAAUUAUACCUUGGAAUACUUUAUUUUUUAAAGGAAAAAACAGAAAAAAUGUGAGUGCAAGGUACUGUCCUGCUUUAUCAAAUCACAGAGCCUGUGGCAUCGAGCUGGAAAAAUGCCAGAAAGGCUUGUGCCCGAGCUAAUGCUCACGUUUGACCUUAGCUACGGCUUGUGCCUCUGACUUUCCGAAGGGUAGACUUCAGUGGAAAAUGGUCAGUGUUUCUUGUUCCCGUGACUACAAGGACUUACAAACUGACAUCUAUUAAGCAGGGGACAAAGUGCCUUGAAUUUUCAUGAACUGAGAAAAGGUGAAAGGUGACUUUGAAUGGAUUAUGAUUUAAAUCUUUUUUAAUGAAAAAUUCAGGAGCUAAAGGGGUACCAAAAUGCUUUGCCUCCAAGAGUACUAAUAAGCAUUGCUGUUCCCGCAUUAUAUUUUCACUGCAGUAAUAAUGAUUGCAGCCAAAUUUUGUGAGCACAACAGCUUCAGUAAACACACGAAAACAAGUAUUUGUAAUGAUUUUACUGUUCUUAUAAGAAAAUUGUAUUUUAUUUUAUCUCAGGGGAAUCUACUUGGUGCAAAAAAGGUUUUGUAAAACUCAUUAAAUGUGCUAUAUUUUUAUUUUCUGGGAAAUAAAGACAUUGAUUCACCACCACAUAAAUAAGAGUAAUAAGGAGUCAUAAUUAAACCG